AAAUAGUCGAAUAAACCUCAUUUUUGUACCGUUACUUUAGAUAUUAAAGAAAAUCUGCCAAAAUGGAGUCUCAGAUCCGCCAGAACUAUCACCACGAUUGCGAAGCUGCCAUCAACCGGAUGAUCAACUUGGAGAUGUUUGCCUCCUACACCUACACUUCAAUGGCUUUCUAUUUCUCCCGUGACGAUGUGGCUCUGCGUGGCUUCGCGCAUUUCUUCAAGGAGAACAGCGACGAGGAGCGGGAGCACGCCGACAAGCUACUCUCCUUCCAGAACAAGAGAGGUGGACGCAUUUUACUCCAGGACAUCAAGAAGCCAGAACGUGAUGAGUGGGGCAAUGGGCUGGAGGCCAUGCAGUGUGCUCUGCAGCUGGAGAAGAAUGUGAACCAUGCCCUGCUGGACCUGCACAAGAUUGCCUCUGACAAGGUUGACCCCCAUAUGCACACAAUGCAGCUAAUGCGUAAGGGGCAGCAGUUUGUCUAGUGGUUAGAGAUUUAUGCCUUAAAGGUUGCUGGAUUGAAUCCCAGAGCU